AACAGAGUAAUUAUAUGUUAUCCAGUUGUAACGAAGACUAUCAUAUGAUGUCGGUUUACUGUUAUGGAAAAGUGAAACUCCAUCUUCCAUUUGGUAAUGGAACUGGUGUCAUCUUGGUACAGUCAGAUUAUAAUGGAGAAUUAGCUGUCUGUGCGGAUGGAUUUGAUUUAACUGAAGGUGAUGUAGCUUGUAGAGAAAUGGGAUAUUCUGGUAUCAGUCGCUUAAUUCCUGCUUCCACCUAUUCAUAUCUCAGUUAUCAAAUUGGAGCAUAUAGAUUUAAUUGCAAUGGUGGAGAAUCAUCGUUACUUAACUGUUCGUACACUAACGAAACCUGUUCAUACCGAAACUAUGCAGCCGUGGAAUGUGGAGAUUAUGCUACAACUACCGACAAAAUGUAUUAUAACACUACCAACCCAGCAAAUUAUUACACUACCAAACCACCAUAUUAUUCAAAUAACAGCAACUCUAACGUCAGUGAUAUAUUGGCUAGUACAAAUAACAUAGCUUGGAUGAAAAAUCGUCGAGUAACAGUUAAACAAAAUGGAAUGUGGGGAGGUAUCUGCUUUGAAGGAUGGGACGACGUUGAUGCUACAGUGUUUUGUAAGGAAUUGGGCUGUGAGGCUGGUAUGGCGUUAUCGCUUUAUCUCUAUGAUCAAAAAGUACGAUGGCGUUACAAUGUGAGAUGUUCUGGCUCCGAAUCAAGUUUGCUGGAUUGUCCGUAUGAUACGAAAAGCUAUAAUGGUUCGUGUUCUUAUGGACCAGAAGCAGGAGCAUUUUGUUAUAACACAAGUGAUUUAGCACAAUAUAGGCUGACUGGAGCUUCCAAACCAAACAUGGGCAGAGUUGAGGUCUUCACUCAAAAUAAAUGGGCUUUGCUGUGUGAUACCUAUGGUUUUCAUGGUGGAAAAGCUAAUAUCGUUUGUAAAUCUAUGGGGUAUAAAUCUGGUGAAACUUACUAUGCUGAAGAUCUUAAUAAUAUGACUGGAAAUUACUGGAAGAAUUCAUUUUCAUCGUGCGAGUACGGCAUGAGAUUGUUGGAUGCGUGUAAAAACAGUGACUGGACAUACCAGCUCGCUUCUUCUUAUUCAGAAUGUUCCUACUCCCAACCAGCAUCUGUAUUCUGCUACAGUGAAGUUCGUCUAAGUACAAAGUAUGCUAAUUCAAGUGGUGCGGUGCUAGUCUUUGAUGGUGAUAAUAAUUACCGAUCAUUAUGUGCUGCUCAGUUUAAUGCCAAUACAGCUAAUGUGGUUUGUAAACAGCUUGGAUUCCCAUCAGGUGGACGACUACUACCCGGCAGCAGCUAUCUCGCUUACGGUAUUCCUUCAAACAUAUCAUAUUCUUGUACAGGAGCAGAGAGUAGAUUAUCGGAUUGUUCGGUACAAAGUUCUGUAUGUCCUAGUAAUAACUCAUAUGCCAGUGUAGCAUGUAUUGACGACAACGCUACACCAGUAUCAGGUAACGAUGGUGAUUCCAUAGUAGAUUCACAAGGACAAGUUUUAGUUUUGUAUCAUGGUAUUUGGGGCACUGUAUGUAGCUUAGAUUGGGGUGAUCAAGAUGCUAGCGUUGUCUGUAAGGAAGCAGGACAUAUGUAUGGUAAAGCAUAUGAAAAAUAUGACUAUGGAGUUAAUUCGAGACCAGUGUGGAUCUAUGGAACCGAUUGUUCCGGAUCCGAAACCAAACUAAAGGACUGUCAAUUAAGAAAUAGCGACGAUGCCAAUUCCACCUGCAGAUAUUCCGGAUCAGCGAUGGCUUAUUGUUAUAAUGAUACAAACAGUGUACAGUAUUCACUGGUAGGAACUGGGUCUAAUUAUGGUAUUGUACAAGUCACUAGAGCUGGUAAAACAGGCUAUAUCUGUGAUGACGGAGGUUUCUAUGAUAACGAAGCUAAAACUGUUUGUAAAGAUCUUGGUUUCGCUGAUGGAGAUAAUUAUCCUAUUCAGCAAGCUAUUUCUAGCGACAACAAUUGGUGGAAGAGUUAUCUUUCUUGUUAUAAUUCUGAGCCAGCCUUACAACUAUGUAGCAAAGAUAAUGACUGGAACUACGUAUCAAUGAAUAGUAGUAGUAGUUAUUGUAUGUACAAUACACUCUCUGUCUUCUGUUAUGGAACAUUGAGACUACAUACCAAGUAUAAGAAUAGCAGUGGUGUUCUGUUAAAAAGAGAAAAUCGUAACUACUAUGCUUUCUGUUCUGAUGGGUUUAACAUGAACUCAGCUAAUGCUGUAUGUAAAGAUUUAGGAUUUAAUAAUGCUAGAUUAAUAUUACCAUCAUCAGUAUAUAAUAUCGGAUAUUCUGUCAGAUUCUCCAAUCUACAAUGUUCUGUUGGUGCCACUUCUAUGAAACAAUGUACAUCAGUAUAUAAUAGUAAUACCAUUUGUAAUGGAGGAGCGGCAGCUGUUGCUUGUGAUGACGGCCAACCUUUGGUGAAAGAUGGGUUGACUAAAAUAUCUGCAAAUGGUCUUGUUCAAGUGAGUAAAAAUGGUAUGUGGGGUACCAUUAACAGUUAUAAAUGGGACGAUAUUGAUGCUCAGGUGAUUUGUAGAGAGAAUGGUUUUGAGACAGGAACAUCUCAUUACUCAUAUAUGUACACAGAAAGUGCCAGGUGGAUGUAUGAAGUUGAAUGUAUUGGCAGUGAAGCGAGCAUUUUUGACUGUCCUUAUAAAUCAUCUGCCGGAAACGAAUCUUCUAAUUAUUAUAAUAAUGCGGGCGUAUAUUGUAAUAAUACGUCAACAGCAAACAGUGUCAGGGUAGAUUCAGAUGGGUCCGUGAAGGUUAAAAUGAAUGGCGUUGAAGGUAGAAUCUGUGCUACAGACUGGGAUGAUAGAGAUGCAGAGGUGCUGUGUCAAGGACUCGGCUGGUCAAACAGUGCUGCGUACAAUAGUUCGGGGGAUUCAAAUAUACCAACUCUAGCAACUGGAUUUGACUGUCAAGGAUCUGAAGCUAGAUUAGAAGACUGCAGUUAUUCUGUUGUUGGCGAUAAUGGUUCUACAUGCAGACCUUAUAGCAGUACCUACAAUUCAGCUUUUGCUUAUUGUUAUAAUCAGUCCAGUGAAGUUAUAUUUUCACUGGAGCACGGUAACUAUGGACGAGUCCUGGUGACCAAGGAUGGAUAUGAGAGAUAUUUGUGCCUUGAUGGAUAUUUUUCUUAUUCUUCUGGAGAUGUUUUAUGUAGAGGUAUGGGAUACCGUAGUGGGCGAGACUACCCAUAUUCUGAUGAACUUCAAAUCACUGCAGUUACCGCGUGGUGGAAGAAUACAUUCAAUUGUGGAGGUUCGGAGCCCAGCUACUCGGCGUGUAUCCGUUCAACUUGGGAAAGUCGCACUGGACCCGUUUCCUCCUCAGACCAAUGUGUAUACAAUACACCCUCAGCCUUCUGUUAUGGAACAGCUCGGCUUCACACUCCCUAUAGAAACUCUAGUGGCGUUCUUGGAAUAUAUCAUGCUGAACAAUAUCGAGGAGUAUGUGCUGACGGAUUUGAUCAAAAUGCUAUAAAUGUGGUUUGUAACAGUUUGGGUUUCCAGGGUGGUCAGCUUGGUAGGGAUAGCUACUACAAUGGUUCACCGUAUGGAAUCCGCAUUAGCAACGUUUCCUGCACAGGAACAGAGAAAUCAUUUGAUCAAUGUACCUACCAGUAUUCUGAAAACCAGAUAAAUUCCUGCUCAGAAAAAGUCGUCCUGUCUUGUUUAGACCCAAAUGACCCCGAUAGUUCACUACCCGAUGGAUCAAUAAAAUUAGAUAACAUGGACAGGGUAUUAAUAAAGCAGUAUGGUAUGUGGGGUACCAUUUGUUAUGAUGGUUGGAAUGAUGUCAACGCUGAAUUAGCUUGUAAACAACUGGGAUAUGACAAAGGCUCAUCACUAAAGAUCCAACUGGAUAAUUAUAAACCAAGAUUUUAUAAAAAUAUGAAUUGUAAUGGAUCUGCGACGUCUUUAGAUGAGUGCAGUAAGGAAAUAGUUACUGGGUAUUGUUAUUACACCUUUGAUUCGGGCGCCUACUGCUAUAAUGCUAGCUCAUCUGCUCCAAGUUUUUCUCUCAUCGAUGGAAAUUCUACCAAUGCCGGAAAAGUUCAAAUAACAAUAGAGGGCGAAACUCGCUACUUAUGUGACACAAGUGGAUAUUUCAACUAUGAAGAAAGCAAUCUGGUCUGUAGAAAUCUAGGCUUUAAAACCGGACAGGAGUACAAAGAAAUCGAAACCCACCAGUUUCCAUAUGGUGCACCGUUCUGGUCAAAUAAUGUAAACUGUCAAAAUCGAGUAGAUUUUGUUGAUGCCUGUACAACUGGACCUUGGAUUAAAGAAACAAAUAAUGGUCAAACAACGUGCAAUUACAAGGUCCCUGUCGUGUUCUGUUAUGGAAUCGCACGGCUUCACACUCCAUUCAGAAACUCCAGUGGCGUUCUUGGAAUAUAUCAUGCUGAACAAUAUCGAGGAGUAUGUGCUGACGGAUUUGAUCAAAAUGCUAUAAAUGUGGUUUGUAACAGUUUGGGUUUCCAGGGUGGUCAGCUUGGAAGGGAUAGCUACUACAAUGGUUCACCGUAUGGAAUCCGCAUUAGCAACGUUUCCUGCACAGGAACGGAGAAAUCAUUUGAUCAAUGUACAUACCAGUAUUCGGAAAACCAGGUCAAUUCCUGCUCAGAAAAAGUCGUCCUGUCUUGUUUUGAUCCAAAUGAUCCAGAUAGUUCACUGCCUGACGGAUCUAUCAAAUUCGGUCAACAGAACAGAAUAUUAAUAAAGCAGUAUGGUACGUGGGGUACUAUCUGUUAUGAUGACUGGGAUGAUAAGGAUGCCGAGGUUGCCUGUAAGCAACUGGGAUAUGAUAAAGGUUCAGCAUUACAAAUACAACUGGACAAUUAUAAACCAAGAUUUUAUAAAAAUAUGAAUUGUAGUGGAUCUGAGACGUCUUUAGAUGAGUGCAAUAAAGAAGUUGUUACUGGGUAUUGUUAUUAUACCUUUGAUGCUGGGGCUUAUUGUUCCAAUGGUAUUGAUGCUAACCAAUACAGUCUUGUUCAUGGGGAUGGGAUCCGGUAUGGGCGGUUGAUGGUUACCCGAGAAAAUGCAACGGGCUUCGUUUGCAGUCCCAACUAUAGUUUUGAUUACACAGAAUCUAAUAUAAUGUGUCGCCAAUUUGGAUUUACUGAAGGAGAAAGAUUAAACAUGCCUGUACUCGAACCAGGUUAUGGAACUGUAUUUUGGGAGACUGGCAUUGAUUGCUACAGUAAUGAACCUUCAAUCGAUGCUUGUCUACGAACAGAUUGGCAGAAAUACAAUUACCAGGGACCUUUUGAUGGAAAUACCUGUAGAUAUCACAUUCCUUCAAUGUUUUGUUAUGGUCAAGUCCGGCUUCACACCAAGUAUCUGAACACAACCGGAGCCGUUUUGGUUCGCCAUAAUCAAAAGUGGAUAGCUGUAUGUAACGAUGGCUUUGAUGAUAAAGCUGCCCAAGUUGUUUGUGGUGAAAUGGGAUUUGUAUCAGGGAUGGGUCAGGUUCUUCCCAACAACUCUUACGACAACUCUAUUGUUACUUCUAACUGGCAUCCUUCGGUAAUGGCUGUACGCUGUCUUGGUCAUGAAAGAUCUUUCAACGAAUGUUCGUACACUAUCGAUGAAUCUAGAAUGAACUGUUCAUCCACUAACUUUAUUUCUGUGUCAUGUGUCCCUCAUACAACAACAGCAUUGCCAAUUCCAACGACAACCCCAUCAUAUUUUUACACUUCACCAUCCUACUCAGUUCCUGUAGCAUCCACUAAUAACACAGCAUGGGAAAGAAGUCGUAUUGUGUCCGUCAAACAAAAUGGUAUGUGGGGCGGAGUGUGUAGUGAAGGAUGGGAUGACGUUGAUGCGUUGGUAUUCUGUAAAGACUUUGGUUAUGAAACGGGCAUGGCAUUACGCAUUUAUCGUGAUGAUUAUAGACCACUGUGGUUCUACAAUGUACGGUGUACUGGUUCAGAAGCAAGUUUCAUGGAUUGUCCCCAUGAUAUGCAGGACUCCGAAAAUGGCACCUGUCGAUAUUCAGGUCGUGCUGCUGCGUUUUGUUAUAACCAAGCAGAAUUAGCACAGUACAGGCUGACUGGAGCUUCAAAACCAAACAUGGGCAGAGUUGAAGUCUUCACGCAAAAUAAAUGGGCGUUGCUAUGCGAUUUGAAUGGGAUUUAUGGUGAUAAAGCUAAUAUUAUUUGUCAAACCAUGGGUUAUAAAUAUGGAGAACCCUACUAUAGUAAUAACUUAAAUAAUAUUACUGGAACGUACUGGAGGAAUUCAUUUUCGUGCGAAUACGGGAUGAGAAUACUGGAUGCAUGUGAAAACAAUGGCUGGACAUACCAGGACGGUUCUACGUACUCGGAAUGUUCCUACUCUCAACCAGCAUCUGUAUUCUGCUACGGUGAAGUUCGUCUAAGUACAAAGUAUGCUAAUUCAAGUGGUGCGGUGCUAGUCUUUGAUGGUGAUAAUAAUUACCGAUCGUUAUGUGCUGCUCAGUUUAAUGCCAAUACAGCUAAUGUGGUUUGUAAACAGCUUGGAUUCCCAUCAGGUGGACGACUACUACCCGGCAGCAGUUAUCAUACUUACAGUAUACCUUCAAACAUAUCGUAUUCUUGUACAGGAACAGAGAGUAGAUUAUCGGAUUGUCCAGUACAAAGUUCUGUAUGUCCUAGUAAUAACUCAUAUGCCAGUGUAGCGUGUAUUGACGACAACGCUGCACCAAUAUCAGGUAACGAUGGUGAUGCCAUAGUAGAUUCACAAGGACAAGUUUUAGUUUUGUAUCAUGGUAUUUGGGGUACGGUAUGUGGCUUAGAGUGGGGUGAUCAAGAUGCUAGCGUUGUCUGUAAGGAAGCAGGUCAUAUGUAUGGUAAAGCAUAUGAAAAAUAUGACUAUGAAGGUAAUUCGAGACCGGUAUGGAUCUAUGGAACCGAUUGUUCCGGAUCCGAAACCAAACUAAAGGACUGUCAGUUAAGAAAUAGCGACGAUGACAAUUCCACCUGCAGAUAUUCAGCGAUGGCUUAUUGUUAUAAUGAUACAAACAGUGUACAGUAUUCACUGGUAGGAACUGGGUCUAAUUAUGGUAUUGUACAAGUCACUAGAGAUGGUAAAACAGGUUAUAUCUGUGAUGACGGAGGUUUCGAUGAUAACGAAGCUAAAACUGUUUGUAAAGAUCUUGGUUUCGCUGAUGGAGAUAAUUAUCCUAUUCAGCAAGCUAUUUCUAGCGACAACAAUUGGUGGAAGAGUUAUCUUUCUUGUUAUAAUUCUGAGCCAGCCUUACAACUAUGUAGCAAAGAUAAUGACUGGAACUACGUAUCAAUGAAUAGUAGUAGUAGUUAUUGUAUGUACAAUACACUCUCUGUCUUCUGUUAUGGAACAUUGAGACUACAUACCAAGUAUAAGAAUAGCAGUGGUGUUCUGUUAAAAAGAGAAAAUCGCUACUUCUAUGCUUUCUGUUCUGAUGGGUUUAACAUUAACUCAGCUAAUGCUGUAUGUAAAGAUUUAGGAUUUAAUAAUGCUAGAUUAAUAUUACCAUCAUCAGUAUAUAAUAUCGGAUAUUAUGUCAGAUUCUCCAAUCUACAAUGUUCUGUUGGUGCCACUUCUAUGAAACAAUGUACAUCAGUAUAUAACAGUAAUACCAUUUGUAAUGGAGGAGCGGCAGCUGUUGCUUGUGAUGACGGCCAACCUUUGGUGAAAGAUGGGUUGACUAAAAUAUCUGCAGAUGGUCUUGUUCAAGUGAGUAAAAAUGGUAUGUGGGGUACCAUUAACAGUUAUAAAUGGGACGAUAUUGAUGCUCAGGUGAUUUGUAGAGAGAAUGGUUUUGAGACAGGAAAAUCUCAUUACUCAUAUAUGUACACAGAAAGUGCCAGGUGGAUGUAUGAAGUUGAAUGUAUUGGCAGUGAAGCGAGCAUUUUUGACUGUCCUUAUAAAUCAUCUGCCGGAAACGAAUCUUCUAAUUAUUAUAAUAAUGCGGGUGUAUAUUGUAAUAAUCCGUCAACAGCCGGCGAAUUACGACUAGAAAACGGUAACUAUGGAAGGUUGUUGUGGACAAGAAACAAUACGACUGGUUAUGUCUGUGAUUUUGAUUAUAUUGAUAACGAUGAUGCUAAUACAGUUUGCAAAACUCUUGGUUAUGUAUCCGGUUAUAAAUAUCCUUCCCCAAGCCUGCCAUCAGGUACUAAAUGGUGGGGAGCAUCUUUUGUGUGUAAUGACAAACCUAUUCUAGAAGCGUGUCUGAUGUCGCCACUACAGUAUGGAUCAGACAAAGAUAAUUCUUCAUUCUCGAAAUGCUUUGGUGACUCUAACACCUUCUCUGUGCUUUGUUCUGGUAACGCAACACAUACAAACAAUACUACAGUUACCCCGUUUACUCCUUAUACCUCUAAUUACAAUUGGACGAGUCGAGCAGAAAACACCACCACUUCUCAACAGCAAAGCCCCAAAACCUCACCUAAUCCGGUGGAUCCAGCAAAUCCUCCUAUUGUGAAUACGACCACUGAAUCUACCAACAACAGUAACAGUGGAAGCUCCAACCUUCAUACACCAGGUACAAGUUUCUCGAUGUUGACCAGUUUAGUGGUAAUGGUGCUGGUCUUUAUGGUUGGACGAUAUAUAUAGACAAACCGAGUUGUUUACAGUAAUUCUUAAGCUUUCUGUGAUAUUGUUUUAUGUUUUAUUCAAAUACCUUAUAUCAAAACGUGUUAAAUAUGUAUUUUUAUAUUUUUAAUAUAAUGACAAUAACAAUACCAUGUGUUAUAUAGUGUCUGUAAUGGCUGUAUAUAAACAAAAUAAUAAAUGACAAUGACAGUACAAUAUGUUAUGUAAUGUAUUCUAUAAUAUUUUUACAUAAAUAAAGGAUAAAUGACAAUGACAGUACAAUAUGCUAUGUAUUCUGUAAUAUUUUUACAUAAACUAAAUGAUAAAUGACAACGCCAGUACCAUACAUAAUAAUUGACAAUAACGGUACCAUAUGUUAUGUGUUAUGUAAUAUUUUUAGAUAAAUUAAAUAAUAAAUGACAAUGACAGUACUAUGUAUUCUCUAAUAUAUAAACAAAUGAUAAAUGAUAAUGACAAUAACAUACAUCAAAAUUUGAAAUUGGAUCUUAACGGAUACAGAUGGCUAACUGAGUCACGUGUUGUAUGACAAUUUUCUUUCAAAUAUCGAAUGUAAGUUUCUAAUAUUUUUGUUGUUUUAAAGUGAUGUGGGGUGUGGCAUUGUGUAAUUCAAUCGCUUUUAGUCUUGGCUUUAUUGUUAUAUUGUAAAACCGAAUUCAGAGUCUAAAUACAUGGAUCAUGUUUUAGCUAGUUGUAUUGUGCAUAAAUUCAAAAAUACAAAAUGUAAAUUGAUUUUUGUAGCCAUGUUAUGCGAAAUGGUGACAUUAGAUAAACUACAGUAUAGUAUCAAAAUUUGUGCAGAUUAAAUAAAAUGAAAUUUUAAGAGGUAUGGUCACUUUUAAGAACUUAAUUGUUGUAUUGAAAAUUCAGAGCCUAAAUAUCUCGGACCGGUGACAUGGGGUACAAUGUACAGUUUCGUAUCAUGUAUUAUGUAGUUUUGAAUGUUUUAUAUAUGUUUAAAUAAAAAUAACAGGUGUCAUAUAUGGGACACAUCAACCUUA